AGCAGACGCAGUAGCAGCAGUUGCGGCUGCUGAUCUUUGGUCUAAAGUUGGUGAUACUUACGAGUAUAUAGAACGCGUGCCAGAAUGCCCAAGAUACCGGCCAUCGGCAUUGAUUUGGGCACCACCUACUCCUGCGUGGGUGUGUGGCAGAACGGCAAGGUGGAGAUAAUAGCCAACGAUCAGGGCAACCGGACGACCCCCUCCUAUGUGGCAUUCAACGACACGGAGCGCCUGAUUGGCGAUGCGGCCAAGAACCAGGUUGCGAUGAACGCCCAGAAUACGGUCUUCGAUGCAAAACGUCUGAUUGGACGCAAAUUCGAUGACAAGAAGAUCCAGGAGGACCUCAAGCACUGGCCCUUCAAGGUCGUCAACGAGGGGGGCAAGCCCAAAAUUGAGAUCGAGUUCAAGGGCGAACGCAAGCGCUUUGCGCCCGAGGAGAUCAGCUCGAUGGUGCUGACCAAGAUGCGCGAGAUCGCCGAACUGUAUCUGGGUGGCAAGGUCAAGGACGCAGUCAUCACAGUGCCGGCCUACUUCAACGACAGCCAGCGGCAGGCGACCAAGGAUGCCGGCUCGAUAGCCGGUCUCAAUGUGCUCAGAAUCAUCAACGAGCCGACGGCCGCUGCUUUGGCGUACGGCCUCGAUAAGAAUCUGAAGGGCGAACGCAACGUGCUCAUCUUCGAUUUGGGCGGCGGCACCUUCGACGUGUCCAUUCUGACCAUCGACGAGGGGUCGCUGUUCGAGGUGAAGGCCACGGCCGGCGACACCCAUCUGGGUGGCGAGGACUUUGACAAUCGUCUGGUGAACCAUUUCAUGGAGGAGUUCAAGCGGAAGCACAAGACGGACAUCAAGGACAAUGUGCGAGCCCUGCGCCGCCUGCGCACCGCCUGCGAGCGGGCUAAGCGGACGCUGUCCUCCAGCACGGAGGCCUCCUUGGAGAUAGAUGCCCUGCACGAGGGCAUUGACUUCUAUUCGAAGAUUUCGCGUGCCCGCUUCGAGGAGCUGAACAUGGAUCUGUUCCGCUCGACCAUGCAGCCGGUGGAGCGUGCCCUCAGCGAUGCCAAGAUGGACAAGAAGGCCAUCCACGAUGUGGUGCUGGUGGGCGGCUCCACGCGUAUUCCCAAGAUACAGCGCCUGCUGCAGGACCUGUUUGGCGGCAAGCAGUUGAACCUGUCCAUCAAUCCCGAUGAGGCUGUGGCCUAUGGCGCUGCCGUGCAGGCGGCCAUCCUGACGGGUGUCGGCAGCUCCAAGAUCCAGGAUCUGCUGCUGGUGGACGUGGCGCCACUCUCCCUGGGCAUUGAGACCGCCGGCGGAGUGAUGACCAAGCUGGUGGAGCGCAAUGCCCGCAUUCCCUGCAAGCAGCAGCAGACCUUCACCACCUACAGCGACAACCAGAACGCCGUCACCAUCCAGGUGUUCGAGGGCGAGCGGGCCAUGACCAAGGACAACAAUCUCUUGGGCACCUUCAACCUGAACGGCAUUCCGCCGGCGCCGCGUGGCGUGCCCCAGAUUGAUGUAACCUUUGACCUCAAUGCCGAUGGCAUUCUGAAUGUCGCCGCCAAGGACCACAGCAGCGGCAGGUCCGAGAAGAUCACCAUCACCAACGACAAGGGCCGUCUGUCCAAGGCCGAGAUCGAUCGCAUGCUCUCCGAUGCCGAGAAGUACAAGGACGAGGACGAUCGGCAGCGCGAACGGGUGCAGGCUCGCAACACCCUGGAGGGAUACAUCUACGGCUGCAAGCAGGCGGUGGAGGAGGCGGCCUCGGGCCUCCUCUCCGACGCCGAUCGCGCCACGGUGCGCGACAAGUGCUCCGCCGAGUCGGCCUGGCUGGAUAAGAACACGCUGGCCGAGAAGGAAGAGUACGAGCACCACCUGAAGGACUCCCAGAGCGUGUGCAGUCCCAUAAUGUCCAAGCUCCAUGCGGGCGCCGCACAGAAAGGCAAACAGCAGUCUGGCAACGGCAACGGCCGCGGACCCACCGUGGAAGAGGUUGACUAAGUGCCGGGGCCCCGCGCACACACAAAAGAACCAACAGAACAAAUUCUGCAAUUCAAACAAAUAUUAUUGACUAUGUACGAUUAUUCGGGAAUAAAUUAGCACUCUUUAGGCAGUAGUCCA